CAAAUAAUUUCUCUAGACAACACUACAGAAGGCGCAGUUAUUCAUCUAUUUGGGAGCCGACCCAAACAAAGCCUGUUUCCAGCCGACUGAAUAUAUGUAUUCCUCUUAACAAAUACCUCUGAAAAAGCUGUUCAUAACUCAGACACACCAAUCCUAAUUUCUCUCUCUAACCCUUUAUAAUAAAACCCCCGUAAGUCGCAAGCCCCAAAACUCAAACCACAUUCUCAUUUGCACACACUUUUUCUCUUUGCGUGUUUUCUCUCUGAACGGAUAUAUACUGGAAGCUAGAAACAAAGAAAAGAGCAAAGAUGGCGACGGACCCGAGUGAAAGGAAGAGUACGAGGCCCGGCCAAGUGGGGGCGCCGCCUUCGGAGCCGGAGCACCUUCCCUGCCCGCGCUGCGACUCCACCAACACCAAAUUCUGCUACUACAACAACUACAACUUCUCCCAGCCUCGCCACUUCUGCAAAUCAUGCCGCCGCUACUGGACUCACAGCGGCACACUCCGCGACGUCCCUGUCGGCGGUGGCAGCCGCAAGAAUGCCAAACGGUCCCGCACUACUAUUGCUACCACCACCAACACCCCCGGGGCGAGCACCGUUCUUUCUUCGUCUCAUCAUGACUUCCGCAGCUUUUCCGCGGCGGCUCCGCAGCUUCUGGUCCCUUUCGCAGCCGAUCAUGGCGGUGCCGUGCCGUUCGUGGGUGAUGCGAAGGUGUGUGGGAGUUUUACUUCGUUGUUGAGCACUCAGGGAACUGGACUUCUGGCUUUGAGUGGGUUUGGGCUUGGAAUUGGGUCUGGGCUUGACGACGUGGGCUUUGGGCUUGGAAGAGCUGUCUGGCCAUUUCAGGGGGUUGUUGAAAAUGGCCCAAUGAGCGUGAACGCCGGGGGUUCAACCAUGGCGGGUCACACGUGGCAGCUGGAGAACGAGAAUGGCGGGUUUGUUGGUGGUGGGGACUGUUUCGCUUUGCCAGAUCUUGCUAUUUCCACACCAGGAAGCUUUAUGAAAUGAAAUCGUGGAAUGUUUGGGCUUUAUUUUCGUCCGAUCUUGAGACUAAAGUCGCCUUACCUCUUGGAUAGUAUAAUUGAAGUUUUUACGGCUUAGAUUUUCGUGUUUGGCAUUUUGCGCUUCUCCAUGCCCACUAUUAGUACAAGUGUGCAAAUGCCCCCAACCUUGUGGUAAUACAUUUUACCUUUCUUUGUUAA